CAUUAAAACACUGAUAAUUUAAAAACUAGCAUUUUCUUACCUGGAUUAUUGAGCAUGCAUAAAGUCUACUACUACUACUACUACUACUUUCGGCUGCUCCCGUUAGGGGUCGCCACAGUGGAUCAUCCGUUUCCGUUUCUUCCUGUCUUCUGCAUCUUCUCUGUCACACCAGCCACCUGGUGUGAGCGUGCAUAAAGAUGAAUUUACCAAAGGGACCAGAUUCCUUGUGCUUCGACAAGGACGUGUUUAUGAAGGAUGACUUUGACGUUGACCAGUUUGUGGCAGAAUGUCGGAAGCAGGUCCAGCUGGAAGAGAUGAGAGAAGACCUGGAACUCUACUACAAGUUACUAAAGACAGCCAUGGUGGAGCUCAUCAACAAAGACUACGCUGACUUUGUUAACCUCUCCACCAACUUGGUUGGGAUGGAUAAGGCUCUCAAUCAGCUGUCCGUGCCCCUUGGCCAGUUACGAGAGGAAGUCAUGAGCCUGCGUUCCUGUGUGAAUGAGGUGAUUCAGGCCAUUGACAACCAACUAUCCAAACAGGAUGACCUACAGAAGAAAAAGGUAUGCGUGCUUAGACUGAUCCAGGUGGUGCGUUCUGUGGAGAAGAUUGAGAAGAUCCUCCACUCUCAGAACUCCAAAGUGUCAAACUCUCUUGAAAUCAGCAGUCCUUUGUUAGCAGGUCAGAUCUUGGAAAGGAUAGCUACAGAGUUUAACCAGCUGCAGUUCCAUGCUGUACAAAGCAAAGGCAUGCCCCUGCUGGACAAAGUCAGACCUCGUAUUGCAGGUAUCACCUCCAUGCUGCAGCAGUCUUUGGAGGGAUUGUUGAUUGAGGGACUGCAGACAACUAAUGUGGACAUGGUGCGCCACUGCCUGAGGACCUAUGCCACCAUAGAUAAGACCAGAGAUGCUGAAGCCCUGGUAGGACAGGUGCUGGUCAAACCAUACACAGACCAGGUGAUAGUAGAAGAGUUGGUGAAAUCAAACCCAAAUGGACUCCAGCAAAUGUAUUCCAGACUGCUUGACUUUGUUCCUCAUCACUGUAGACUGCUUAGAGAGGUGACUGGAGGGGCUAUAUCCAGUGACAAAGCAGAUGUAGUGCCAGGCUAUGAUUUUCUGGUCAACUCUGUGUGGCCCGAGAUAAUCCGCGGGAUAGAGGAACGGCUGGCCUACCUGUUCAACCCUGGAAACCCCGACAUAUUUUAUGAGCGCUACAGUGUGAGUAUGGAGUUUGUGCGCAGGUUUGAGCGCCAGUGCAGUUCGCAAGCCAGUGUGAAGAGGCUGAGAGCUCACCCCUCAUACAUAAGCUUCCACAACAAGUGGAACCUGCCCGUCUACUUUCAGCUACGGUUCAAGGAAAUAGCAGGGAAUUUAGAGAAUGCCAUAAGUGAUGGAUUAGGGGCAGCUCCAGCCGGCAGUACAUACCACCUCCAGGUGUCUCAGGUGUUGUGGUCCUGUCUUGUGAGGUGUUGGUCAGACAAGGUUUACCUUGCACCGCUGGCCCACCGCCUCUGGAAGCUUACGCUGCAGCUUUACUCACGAUACGCCAAGUUCCUCGAUGAGGUGCUGACUAAAACCCCAUCUCUUGAGGUGACUAAAGAACCAACCAGGCCACUGCCUAGCUCUGCAUCUUCCACAUCUAGUCGAACCUCUCUGGAGGAAGCCGGCAGUGAAAGCGGAAGUCCCACCUCCCUUUCCACCAAGCAGCUGGUCUACAUAGCAGCGGAUGUCCAAAAGCUACAGGAGCAUAUCUCAGAGUUAUCAAAGAUGAUCAGACAAAGAUUGGUGGGCAUCGGCUUCAAAAACUUCACUAUAUUUGAAGAUGCUCUAGGGGAGUCCAAGGCUUGUCUGUCAGGUAGUAUCCCCACUCUAAACACCAGGAUGACCCAGCACCUGACUGAACGGUGCUGCCGUUUCCUGAAGAGUGCCUCUGAGGUGCCACGCCUCUAUCGCAGGACAAAUAAGGAAGCUCCAGUGCGUGCAUCAGCGUACAUGGACAAUGCCUUGCAUCCAUUACAUCAACUGCUAAAUGACUCAAUGGGACUAGUUACUCCUGCUACUGCACAGGACUGGCUUCGUGUUACAUUGUCUGACUGCACACAAAGGUACUAUGAGACCAUCUCAGAGGUGCUGAGCUCAGUGAGGAAAAUGGAGGAGAGUUUGAAGAGACUGAAACAGGCAAGGAAGGGUGCAGCCAUGGCAGCGACCACAGGCACCAAUGGUGUGCCGACGGAUGACAGCAAAAUUCGGCUGCAGCUGGCACUAGACGUUGAGUACCUUGGAGAACAGAUCCAGAAGAUGGGUCUCAAUCCGACUGAAAUCUCCAUGUUCUCUACACUAAUGGCGCUGGUCCGGGAAGCCCGGGAGCUGGCUGAACAGAACCAGUAGAACAAUUAAUACAAAAGCAACCAAAACCGUUUUCAUGCAAGACUUGGUAUCAUAACCCUCCAUCCACCUCAGGCUCGACGAUAUGGGCAUAACGUACAAUAUUCUUGGUCCAGCAGCAAAAGAAGAUGGUGCAGAAUAUUCCAUCAAUAUCACAGACUACUGGGAGUCACGUGACUCUUAAUACCCAGUUGAAGAAAACCGAAAGAAACUAUAUCUCAUUUAUGUUCUUAGGGAUAAAUUCUGUACUCAUUAACAAAUCCAAGCAGAAGUCAUGGUUUAUUUGAAUUUUACUAUACUAUCAAAAUCGGUGAUCAACAUUGAUUUAAGUUUGUGACAUAAACCAGUUUUCUGACAUAUCUGUAGCUAAAACAAAUUGUAUCAUUUACUCAUCAUUGAUACUGUGUUCAUCUUUUCUUAAAUGAUACACUUUGAAAUGAUGGGCAAGGAACAUGAGGAUUUCAAUCAUAUUAGACCACAUAAUGUUCUAUUUUACUCAGCUGCCAACACUGCAAUUGACCAAGGUUAUUCUGCAAGUCACUGACAGCAGAAGUCCACUAGGAGCUACCAAGCCCUGCCAGAGUUUUAUCUGGGCAACUGUGGGCAGAUUAAGAACUGCCAUCUCUCAAUGUCUGUAAUGGAUGAUGUGGAAGAAUUUUCAUAUGGGAGAAUAAUUAACAUUGGGAUUGGUAUUAUUAAUAUUUGCAACAAUAUUGGAGGUGUUAUGUGCUGUUAAUUGGAGAUAGUGUAUUGAAUGAAAUGGUACAAGAGAAGGGUUCUUUACAGAAUGACUGAGAUGAUGUGGGUGUUUUGGUUUACUUUGACUGUUCAGCGGGGAUUGUCAUGACUGAUGUUUCAUUGGCCAGAGUUCAAAGGUCAAAAAGGGUCUCUUAAGUGUAACUUUCAAAUAAAGGAAUGUCAUAAUAUAUUAUUCUUAAAAACAACCAUCCUGUUAUCAGGUGAAGGAUCAGAUUUAAAUGUGGGAAAGACUACUGUGAGUUAUUUUCAUCAAAAUUAUACCAAUAUAAUGAACUUGGUAAUUAAAUGUUAAAGAACUUUG